AUGCAGACGUGGUGUGCCGGGGAGGAGGACUGGGUGGACAGCCGGACGGUCUAUGUGGGCCGCCGGGAGCCCCCGCCAGGCGCCGAGGCCUACAUCCCCCAGAGGUACCCGGACAACAGGAUCGUCUCCUCCAAGUACACAUUUUGGAACUUCAUACCCAAGAACUUGUUUGAACAAUUCAGAAGAAUAGCCAACUUUUAUUUUCUUAUCAUAUUCCUGGUUCAGCUGAUUAUCGAUACGCCCACGAGUCCGGUGACGAGUGGUCUCCCGCUGUUCUUCGUCAUCACGGUCACAGCCAUCAAGCAGGGCUACGAGGACUGGCUGCGCCACAAGGCGGACAACGCCAUGAACCAGUGCGCCGUGCACUUCGUGCAGCACGGCCGGCUGGUGCGGAAGCAGAGCCGGAAGCUCCGGGUCGGGGACGUCGUCAUGGUCAAGGAGGACGAGACCUUCCCCUGUGACCUGAUCUUCCUGUCCAGCAGCCGUGCGGACGGGACCUGCCACGUGACCACCGCCAGCCUGGAUGGGGAGUCCAGCCACAAAACCCAUUAUGCGGUUCAGGACACAAAGGGGUUCCACUCGGAGGAAGACAUCGACAGUCUCCACGCAACCAUUGAGUGUGAGCAGCCCCAGCCCGACCUCUACAAGUUCGUUGGCCGCAUAAAUGUUUACAACGAUCAGAAUGACCCCGUGGUGAGGCCAUUAGGAUCGGAAAACCUGCUUCUUAGAGGAGCCACGCUAAAGAACACUGAGAAAAUCUUCGGUGUUGCUAUCUACACGGGCAUGGAAACCAAGAUGGCACUGAACUAUCAAUCAAAGUCCCAGAAGCGCUCUGCUGUUGAAAAAUCGAUGAACGCGUUCCUCGUGGUGUACCUGUGCAUCCUCAUCAGCAAGGCGCUCAUCAACACCGUCCUGAAGUACGUGUGGCAGAGCGAGCCAUUCCGGGACGAGCCGUGGUACAACCAGAAGACGGAGGCCGAGAGACAGAGGAACCUGUUCCUCAGGGCCUUCACGGACUUCCUGGCCUUCAUGGUUCUCUUCAACUACAUCAUCCCCGUGUCCAUGUACGUCACCGUGGAGAUGCAGAAGUUCCUGGGCUCCUACUUCAUCACCUGGGACGAGGAGAUGUUUGACGAAGAGAUGGAGGAAGGGCCGCUGGUCAACACCUCGGACCUGAACGAGGAGCUGGGGCAGGUGGAGUACGUGUUCACGGACAAGACGGGCACCCUCACCGAGAACAACAUGGAGUUCAAGGAGUGCUGCGUGGAGGGCCACGUGUACGUGCCCCACGCCGUCUGCAACGGCCAGGUGCUCCCCGACGCCUCCGCCAUCGACAUGAUCGACGCCUCCCCGGGCACCAGUGGGCGGGAGCGGGAGGAGCUGUUUUUCCGGGCCCUCUGUCUGUGCCACACCAUCCAGGUGAAGGACGACGAUGAAGUGGACGGACCCCGGAAGUCGCCGGACUCGGGGAAGCGCUCCGUGUACAUCUCGUCCUCGCCCGAUGAGGUGGCCCUGGUCGAGGGCAUCCAGAGGUUUGGCUUCACGUACCUGAGGCUGAAGGACAAUUGCAUGGAGCUGCUGAACCGGGACGGCGGCAUGGAGAGGUUUGAGUUGCUGGAAAUUUUGAGUUUCGACUCAGUAAGAAGGCGAAUGAGUGUAAUUGUCAAGUCUGCUACAGGAGAAAUUUACCUGUUUUGCAAAGGAGCAGAUUCUUCCAUAUUUCCCCGAGUGAUAGAAGGCAAAGUGGACCAGAUCCAAUCCAGAGUGGAGCGCAACGCGGUGGAGGGGCUCCGGACCUUGUGUGUGGCCUACAAGAGGCUCGUCCCAGAAGAGUACGAAGGCAUCUGCAAGCUGCUGCAGGCCGCCAAGGUGGCGCUUCAGGACCGGGAUAAGAAAUUAGCCGAAGCCUAUGAGCAAAUAGAAACAGGCCUGAUCCUGCUCGGCGCCACAGCCGUGGAGGACCGGCUGCAGGAGAAGGCGGCUGAUACCAUCGAGGCGCUGCAGAAGGCGGGCAUCAAGGUGUGGGUGCUCACGGGCGACAAGAUGGAGACGGCGGCCGCCGCCUGCUACGCCUGCAAGCUCUUCCGCAGGGGCACGCAGCUGCUCGAGGUCACCACCAAGCGGCUGGAGGAGCAGACCCUGCACGACGUGCUCUUCGAGCUGAGCAAGACAGUGCUGCGCUGCAGCGCCAGCCUCACCCGGGACAGCUUCUCGGGACUCUCCGCCGACAUGCAGGACUACGGUUUAAUCAUCGACGGAGCCGCGCUGUCCUUGAUCAUGAAGCCUCGGGAGGAUGGGAGCUCCAGCAACUACCGCGAGUUGUUCCUGGACAUCUGCCGGAACUGCAGCGCCGUGCUCUGCUGCAGGAUGGCCCCGCUGCAGAAGGCCCAGAUUGUUAAGUUAAUCAAGUUGUCGAAAGAGCACCCUAUCACCUUGGCGAUCGGCGAUGGCGCAAAUGAUGUCAGCAUGAUCCUGGAGGCCCACGUUGGCAUCGGCGUCAUUGGGAAGGAAGGUCGUCAGGCUGCAAGGAACAGUGACUACGCAAUACCCAAGUUUAAGCAUUUAAAGAAGAUGCUGCUUGUUCACGGGCAUUUUUACUAUAUUCGAAUAUCCGAGCUUGUGCAAUACUUCUUUUAUAAGAAUGUCUGCUUCAUUUUCCCUCAGUUUUUAUACCAGUUCUUCUGUGGAUUUUCACAGCAGACUCUGUAUGACACUGCCUACCUGACUCUCUACAACAUCAGCUUCACCUCCCUCCCCAUCCUGCUGUACAGCCUGAUGGAGCAGCACGUUGCCACGGACACGCUCAAGAGGGACCCUGCCCUCUACAGGGACAUCGCCAAGAACGCGCUCCUGCACUGGCGCGUGUUCAUCUACUGGACGCUCUUAGGCUUGUUCGACGCGCUGGUGUUUUUCUUCGGUGCUUACUUCAUGUUUGAAAACACGACUGUGACCAGCAACGGGCAGGUGUUUGGAAACUGGACGUUUGGGACCCUGGUGUUCACGGCAAUGGUGUUCACAGUCACCCUGAAGCUGGCUCUGGACACCCACUACUGGACCUGGAUAAACCACUUUGUCAUCUGGGGGUCGCUGCUGUUCUAUGUCGUCUUUUCCCUCCUCUGGGGAGGCGUCAUCUGGCCCUUCCUCAGUUAUCAAAGGAUGUACUACGUGUUCAUACAGAUGUUGUCCAGUGGCCCCGNCAGAGAUGACUGGCGGGACCACAGCCCGGGGAGAGGCAGCUUCAGGCCGGGCCCCUGGCCUGUGGAUGGGACAGCUCCUGCAGCUGCCUUCUUCCGAGGCACUGAGAAACUCCUGCCACUUGACUACAAAGCCUCAGUGUUCGGACUAGAAACGCCCAACCCGCUGGCUGCGGCCCUGCCACGCCCCAACCCCCGGAUUCUAGCUUCAGGAGCAAUGCCCUUUCCGGACGGUCGGGGUGAGUGGCAGGGCCGUCAGCCCCGGGCCCCGCGCCCCGACCAUCACCGCUCUUGCGCUGAGAGCCGGGCCUCCCCGCACGCGUACCCCUCGGCAUCCCCGCGGAGCCGGGCAUGCGGCGCGGGCUCAGUGUCUGUCCUCGCCUUGCAGAGGAGCCCGAGCCGCCCAGCCCCGGCCGACGCCGCGCCGAGCCCCGACCGGCCGCUGCUGACGGACCGCGAGCCCCGGCCGAGGCGCGAGUAG